AUGAACUGUUGGCAAUGGAAUUUGUUCAAAUUCCAGACCGAGAAGCAAAAGCUGUCAACAGUACCAGUAAAACGGAACGGCCGUCGAGCGAAUUCCUAUCCCUCGUAUCCUUCUUUUCCUACCCGUCCGCCACCCUCGAGGGACUUUCAAAAUAUCAAUGAUAAGAGAAGGAAAAGCCGGAAAGAUAGUCCAGUGGCAACUUCUCUUUGGUCAUCUUAUCGACUACAAGUUCUUCGCAACCAUCAUCACACAGCCGCCAAGCCUUUCCGUCCCAGAUUGGACAGUGUCACUGAAGAGCCUGAAGAAGAUGAGUUGACAGUUUUGUCUUCUGAAAUCUCCAAAGAAAACUUGCAAAGGUCAACGAUAAACGGGUCGAUUUGCUGCAAGAAUUCG